AGGAGUGUAGAUUUUGUAAAAUGUUUGCAUUUCAUGUGCUGCAGACUUUGUAAUAGUCUUGUAUUGCGAUAUUUCUACGUGUUGGCGUUUGUGUUUAGAAAUGGUUAUUACAGUGGAAUUGAGAAAAUUAUAUAAAUACCCUUUCGAGACUGUUGUAGAUAGCCAUUUGAACAAGUAUCCCACUCCUCUUGAGCAAAAUAUCACUGCAGUAAGGACUGCUGAGGAAAAUACAGAUUUAUCCACGGGGAUUAUUUACAGGAGGAGGAUUGCAACAUGUAAGAAUGUUAUUCCUGCAUUUUUAAGACAGAUCAGUAGUCUAAAAACUGCCAGCAUUUAUCUAGAAGAGGAGUCCUGGCUUGAUAAGCGAAGACGGACUAUGAGUAUAAAAAGUCGGUGCCUCACUUGGGCUAAAUAUGCUACUUUAAAGGAAGAGUCCAUGUUCAAAGCAAGUCAGGAAAAUCCCAACUGGACUGAGUUUACACAGUGUGGUAGUAUUUCAGUCACUGGCAUUGGGUUGCUGAACAGUGUAUUUGAAGUUUUUGCUCAAGCAUUUCUUAACCAGGCUGGCAGAAGGAGUAUUAGAAUAAUGGAAACAAUUCUACAAGAAAAAUGGGGCCAUCCAUUUUCGUAAAGAAGAUCUUCAGCCAUUCUGGAAGAAAAUGGCUACUAGAUAUUGAUUGAAAAGGCUACUUUUAUGUCUGAAAUGUAGGUGGCAACACAAGAAGGGGAUUACGUAACCUACAAAAAAUAUGGCACUUUUUGUUUUCAGAGUUCAAAAUGGCCACUUCUUUUCUAGUCAUGUUGAAAUGAGAGUGUAUCCAUCUUGCCACCUAAGUACAGAUUCAAGUUUUAAUUUCAUCAUGUGAGCUGAAAAUUUUGUAUUCAAAUGUAUCUAAUUUAUCAGAGCUGUAUGCAAAUCAGCUUAAAGUAGCACAGCAUAGCAGUUCUCCAGCUACACUUUUUAUCCAUACCUACCAAGGUAGACCAUAAAUACACUGAAAUAACAAGAGUUUUUUUUUAAACAUUUAGCUGAUGUACUAUAAAAUCCCAGUAUUACUCUUUUCUCUGAAAAGGAGUAGGUCCUUGGACUACUUGUUUAAUCUCUGACCUGCGUCCGCUAAAUGUCGCUAAAUGUGCUAAUAUUCUUUCAGAUGAUAACUGAUGUUUGGUCUGAGGAUAUUACCAAAGGCUCUGUGAUGCAGUAGAAAUUACUUCACAUUGCAAGCACUGAAAGUGAACCACAAUUAUCGGCUACAUUGGUAUAAAGGAAUUUGUACAAUAGUAUUGAAUAGAAAGAAAACUUUUACAGGAAGACAGUCCCUCAUUACUCCCACGCCCCCUUAAUUAAGGUUACUGACUUCUCUGUUGCACAUUCAUGGACUAACUGCAAAAACCUUGAAAUUAGUAACGUUUUCCCACACCAAGUAUGUGGCUAUGGGCAGCAAAGUCCAUCUACAACUUCAGUUCAAACUCUUGGCAAUAUUGAACCAAACAAAACCAGAUAUAGUCCACAAGAUUGCCUCACAAUAAUCCCUUCAAUCUCCCAAAUUAGACUGCAAAUAAAAUGUACAUACAUACAUACAAAUAUUUCAAACAUGGACAUUAAUGCCCUUCUAGCCUGGCAGUAUACUAAAAUACUUGUUGCCAUAACAAAUGUCCAGGCUGUUCUUAUAAAUAUCUAAACUAGUACUUGCUUUAAUGUAAUUUGAUAGUC